UGUAAGCUAUUCUUUUGUCACCUUAGAUUAUUUGUAAGAAACAAUGACCUUGAAAAAAUUUUUAAUCAGUAAAAUAAAUGAACAUCGUUUUCGAUUUAAUGGCCUAAUAGCAUCAACGAGAUUACCACAUAAGCAAAGUUUAAGACAGAAAUUUGAUAAUAUUGUGAAAUACAGUCCCGAGGAGUUACCACCCAAAGUUGAUUUACGACAAGAAAUGACAGCUGUUGAAGAUCAAUCACAAAUAGGAAGCUGCUCAGCUAACGCUCUUGCUGGAAGAAAUGAAGAUGUUAGUCGCUUAUUUGUGUAUUAUAAUAGUAGAGCACAAAAUAAUCCUUCAGCAUGGAUAAGCGAUACUGGUUGUAGUAUGACAGAUGCUAUUGAAGCCUUAGAUGAACAUGGUGCAUGUAGAGAAUCACAAUGGCCAUAUGAUAUUAGUAAAGUUAAUCAACGACCACCAUCAUUUACCUAUGAGGAAGCUAAACAUUUUACAAUUGAUGAAGCAUUACAAAUUAACAUUGAUUUAUAUGAAAUGAAGUCUUGUAUUGCACAAGGUUAUCCAUUUGCUUUUGGCAUAAGAUUAUUUAAAUCCUUUGAUAAAGCGCGUGAAAAUGGUAUUGUACCAGUACCUAGUUCAUCAGAAACAAGUCGUCGUAGUCAUGGAAGGUAA